AUUUUCGGAAAAUAGCGCCCGGUGGUUCUGAAGCGCUUUGUUGAUAGCGGGGCCGCGUCAGCCCGGCCGGGUACCAGGCGCCUCGGGUCCCCGCAACAUCUCCCGCUGCUCCCCCGCCGCCGCUCCCGAAGCUUUUCCAGAUGUCCCUGGUAGAUUUGGGAAAGAAGCUUUUAGAAGCAGCACGAGCAGGUCAGGAUGAUGAAGUUCGGAUUUUGAUGGCAAAUGGAGCACCUUUUACUACAGAUUGGUUGGGUACAUCUCCACUUCAUCUAGCUGCACAAUAUGGGCAUUAUUCAACCACAGAAGUAUUACUCCGAGCUGGUGUAAGCCGAGAUGCCAGAACUAAAGUGGACCGAACUCCAUUACACAUGGCAGCAUCUGAAGGCCAUGCAAGCAUAGUAGAAGUUUUACUUAAGCAUGGCGCUGAUGUCAAUGCAAAAGACAUGCUAAAAAUGACAGCACUACACUGGGCUACAGAACAUAAUCAUCAAGAGGUGGUUGAACUUUUAAUUAAAUAUGGUGCUGAUGUCCACACACAAAGUAAAUUUUGUAAGACUGCUUUGGAUAUUUCAAUAGACAAUGGAAAUGAAGAUUUGGCAGAAAUAUUACAGAUUGCAAUGCAGAACCAAAUAAAUACAAACCCUGAGAGCCCUGACACUGUGACGAUCCAUGCUGCAACACCACAGUUUAUCAUUGGACCUGGAGGGGUGGUGAACCUAACAGGUCUGGUAUCCUCAGAAAAUUCAUCCAAGGCAACAGAUGAAACUGGAGUAUCUGCUGUUCAGUUUGGAAACUCAUCUACGUCAGUAUUAGCUACAUUAGCUGCUUUAGCUGAAGCUUCUGCUCCAUUGUCCAAUUCUUCAGAAACCCCAGUAGUGGCUACUGAGGAGGUGGUGACAGCAGAAUCAGUAGAUGGUGCAAUCCAACAAGUUGUUAGCUCUGGGGGUCAGCAAGUUAUUACAAUAGUUACAGAUGGAAUUCAACUUGGUAAUUUGCACUCUAUUCCAACCAGUGGAAUAGGCCAGCCCAUCAUUGUAACCAUGCCAGAUGGACAACAAGUAUUAACAGUACCAGCAACAGAUAUAGCUGAAGAAACUGUUAUAAGUGAAGAACCACCAGUCAAGAGACAAUGUAUUGAAAUUAUAGAAAAUCGGGUGGAAUCUGCAGAAAUAGAAGAGAGGGAAGCACUUCAGAAACAGCUGGAUGAGGCAAAUCGAGAAGCACAAAAAUAUAGGCAGCAACUUCUAAAGAAAGAACAGGAAGCAGAAGCCUAUAGGCAGAAAUUAGAGGCCAUGACCCGUCUCCAGACUAACAAAGAAGCCGUGUAAUUGAAAUGGACAAUAUAGUUUGAUUUUUACCUUCGGUCAAGAAAAAGAGUACAAUCUUGAACUGUAUACCCCAUAUAAAUACGUCAUGGGAAUCCAGCAUAGAGAAAAGAGACUUACAAGCUGAUAAUUGGACUUAAGCCAUGAGCUCUGAAUUUUCUUGUAACAUAAACUAUGAAUUUAGAAGUUGUGUGAAAAGUAUUUAAAACUAAAUUCUGUAAAUAGUUGGUUUUUUUUUUACAGUUCCAAAAUGAGUUGAUAAAAGAUGGUUGAAGAGAUCCAGAAACAUAAUAAGCCACUGUUUUUGUGAAUUCCUUUUGAUUUUAGUAUGAAUCUUAAUUUCUCAGAAGCAGAACAGUUUUAAGGGUGAUCCUUGUUGAUUAGACCAAAUAUUUGCAUAAUAAUUAUGUGGUGGACUGAUUCUGGAAUUAUUUCUAUAGGUAUCAACUAGGCCUCUACCUAAAGAGUAGAUUUCUCUAAGGAAAUCUUUGUAUAGCUUUAAGUAGUUGUCUUGGAUUAUCUGAAAACAUUUUUUAGAAAGUGAAACUUUUAUAUUUGUUUAACUUCAGCUAUACCUGAGUAGAUUUACCUGUAUAUGAAGCAAAUAUUUUUUAAAAUUUCAGUUUGUACAUAUUCUGCAUGUUUUUAUAAUUUCAAAGUGCAUCACUUGCAUAGAUAUUUUUUUGCAAAGAUGAUGAAUGUUAUUAGGAAGAAAAAACUUUAGUCCAUAGGUCAUUGAAAUUAAGUAAGCUAGCAGCUGGUUCUAUUGGAAUGACAGUGUCCUUGGAAGUAGCAGUUUGCAAAGUAACUUAAAUUUGCAAACUCUGUACUCUCUUUUAAAAUUUCACAUAGGGGACUUGAAACUUUGUACUCAGUGCCUUCUAUCAUGACUUCCACAUGAAAACAUUUCCAGGCACUGGAUUGUGGGAUAAUGUUUUUUGGAAAGCUCAACACAGAUGGGUUUCUGAAAUUCUCAAGGACUCAUAUCCCUACCCCCCCCCCCCCAACCCCCCCACCUCCUCACCCCCCCCCCCCCCCCCGAAACUAGAAGAGCCAGAUACUGUCUUGGCUAUUCUUACCAAAAAAAAUUUGUAUUUGGAUGUAGGACAAGAACUUUUCAUACUUCAUUGAUGCCACUGUUAAAUUCCAUGAUAGGCAAAUGAUUAAAUUUUGACUUUAUUGUUCAAUUUUGUUUUUUUUUUCCCCGGUAAAACAUAAGUUCGGGUCUUUUUUUCUUGCUUUGCUUUUGUUUCACUGCUUUAUGAAAAUGUUUAUCUAAAUCUAAAAACCCUCUAGAUUACAUAUACUGUAUAAGAAAGAAAUUACCCUUAAAACUGUAUUCUGGCCUACUUUUCUAUUUUACAAUUAAAUAUCUUUUUUCCACAUAUGUUCAGUGUAGACUUAAUUCUCUUUUGACCUUUAUACAUUAGAAGCUGUAUGUUAUUGUAUAUCUGAACCACAAUCUAUUAAAAUACUGUAUAAUUUUUA